AUGAAACCACUUUAUUCACUUCACCCUCUGACCGCCACUGACCUCUUGACCGGAAAUCAGUGGCAGGAGACAGUGUGGUUAAACGGGACUCCGAGAAUAGCAGGCUCGAGGCAGGCUGGAAGGUCAGUGACAGAAUGGUCUUGUAGGUGUGAGAUGACACGUCGUAUAUCAAAGGCUCACCUAAAUGGCAACACCCUAUUUACUAGCCUAUCCCUUGAUGGUCUUACGGUAAACGCUCACAGUCGCCUAGAUGGAGCUCUAAGUGGUUUUAUUCAAGGUCUAAAACAUUUCUUCAUCUCUUCCAGACCCUUGCUGGUGACGCUGGUUUUCUACGCGCUGGGGAUGGCAACACUGCUGCCCUGGAACUUCUUCAUAACAGCAGAAACAUACUGGCAAUACACAGCUCCGCAACGUGAGCGCGGGCGCGAGGGGUGGGGCUGGAGCAACGCCACCCUCACGCCCCUGCAGCUCUCCUUCACGCCACGCUCGUCAUCGUGUCCAACGUGUUCCUGCACGGUGUUCCUCCUCUUCACCAGCGCCAUCGUCAGGAGGGUCAGGGAGAUGGUCCGGCAGCUGGGUUCCCUCGUCCUGUCGUUGGCAACAAUGGUUAUUAUUACUUUAUUCACAUUCAUCGAUACGGAUUCAUGGCAGUUCGCCUUCUUCGUGAUCACCAUGAUUCUUAUCGCCAUUCUGAACGUGUGCGUGGCCGUCCUGCAGGGCUCCUCGUACGGGCUCGCCGGCCUGUUCCCCGCGUCCUGCAUGUCGGGGAUGCUGUCGGGUCAAGCCAUCUCGGGCAUCUUCUCGUCUCUCGCUCGGAUCAUCUCCCUGCUGGUCGGGGAGGAACCCGUCGUCAGCGGCCUCGUCUUCUUCGUCAUCGCGGAUGUCUUCCCGUCGUCAGCAUCGUGGGUUAUGUUUUACAUGAACGAGAUGCACCAACACAGCUCAACUACUACACCUGGUGAAGGCAGAGCGCGAGGGAAAAAGGAGCAGGCUGAGUACAAGAGUGACACGCAGACCUACAUUUCUGUGCUGAAGAAGCCAAAAAAUCGAGUGAAUUUGGAUGCCGACUGCGCCUUCCUGUCCAGGCCGGGGUCUGGACAUGCCCUGAGAAGUAAAUCCAGCGAAGCGAGCAGCGAUGAAACAGCUAUGCUCGAUCAUGGCGGAUCUGAAAUCACCAUUCCUUCCGAAAGACAAGAGGAACCGCAGAAGAAACAGAAAUUAAUGAUAGCUUCCGGCGAAGAUUUGAAAGAGGACGGUGCUAUGGCCGCGCAGGACAGUGAGGAUGAGGAAUGCACGUUAAUCUGGCUGAUGGCACACCUCGGCGGCACCCUGUUCGAUCACCUCAUGAUCUACCCGGCCGUGGUGGUGUACGUGACGUCCGUGUAUCCGGAAUCGCGGUGGACGGAGGAGUUCUUUCAACCGACGGUCACCUUCCUGCUCUUCAACGUCGGCGACACCCUCGGGAGGGAGAUCACGCGCUGGUGGAGAUGGCCUGGCGCGCGCGGUUGGCAACUCCACGUGUUCGGUGCGGCGAGGUUGGUAUUCCUGCCGCUGCUCAUGCUCUGCCAUGGAGAAAAUAAAACUUUCCCAACACUGCUCGACCAUGAUGCCUAUUACAUCGUCCUCAUGUUCUUCUUCGCCUUCACCAAUGGUUAUGUGGGAACGCUUACCAUGAUAUAUUAUCCAAGCCUGGUGGAGCCCAACGAGCUGGAAGUGGGCGGAGCUAUCAUGGCUGCAAUGAUGGGAAUCGGGAUGGUGGUCGGUUCCCUUCUCUCGCCUGCGUUUGUCGCGCUCUGGGGUCCUGUGUGAAGUCUGUGAUUAGUAUGCUUUUGUAAACUAUGUGAUAUAUUUAUGCUAACUUCUGACAUGGACCAAGAUACUUAAUGACUUUUUUUUAAAGAUAUACUUUUUUCUUCCCUUUUUUUAGAUCAGAUUUUUCAUUUUCUUGGAUGUACCUGAAGUUUUUGUGUGCCUGUGUGCUGGUAUAAUUUUGUGAGUACUUUGGUGUCCUUGUUUUCUAAAUGUGAUGUGAAGAGUGGUGCAAGAAAGGUUCAUAUGGAAUAAAUAACAAGCAUAAUAAUAAUAAUAUAACAAUUUCUUAAUAAUAUAUCUAAUGGCAAACAUUUCACUAUUAUCUGUCUAUAUUAUUCACAGUGUGGAUAUUUAUUUAUUAUCCAUUCAGUUGCCUUUAUACUUACUAAUGUCCAGUCUCCUUUUUGAUUCCUCUUUUAAAUUUAAAAACUGGAUGAAUGUGAAUAAUGGCAGUUUAUUUACCUCUAAGGAUUCAUCAUUAAUUAGUCCACUAUCACUUGUUCUUCAAAUUAUUUUUAUCUCAAUGUAUUUUAUGUAAAUAAUCUUUUUGGAAUCAUUAAAUAAUGAAUUUCCUUAAUCUUACUCUAUAUUUAAUACUUUUCCCUAGUGUACACUUAAGGAUGGAAUGAAAUGUACUGAAACAAAAACUUCAUAUUCAGUAUUUAUUGUAUUUUUACAUAAAAAUACACAAAUAUAGAGAUUUCUAAUAGUUCAUAUUCUGUACAUGAAAAGGUAUUUUACUUACACUAAUAUUUUGGGUUCACAUACAACUGGUCAUUCAUUCUUCAUGUCAAUUACGAUCUCAGUUUAACAAAAUGUACAAAGGGUAAGAAUGUAAGACGCAUGACCUGCAUUCUCAUUAACAAAACCUAUCUUGGUCAUGAACAAUGUAAUGGUAACAGGACCAAAAAAAAACACUGCAAUA